AUGCAUGCUUACAUUAAUUUAAAUGAUAAAUUUGGUAUCAAUGCAGUCUAGAUGUGCUGUUUUGCUAAUUAUAAUGAAAGAACAGCUUGUUUGGAAUUAUUUAUUGAAGAUGGAGAUUUAAAUAGUUUUAAUCCAAGAACUCUUUGGUCACCAGUUCAUUGGGUAGCCUUCUAUGGAGAUGUUGAAAGCAUGUAACUUCUCAUAUCCAAAGAGGCCAUUCUCUUCAAAACUGACUAUGAAGGUUACUAUCCAUUAGAUCUGGCGGGACGGAAUAACAAAAAGAUCGUUGCCAAUCUGAUAAUUGAAUUUCUCAUUUAGUUCCUUAUUGACUAUGAAAGAUCAAGAGUGUCCCAGAGAGUUAAGAAUUUAGUCUAUGAUAGAUUUUGUGAAUAUGAACGAUACAUUUCAAAUCCAGCCUUAAGAUUGUCACUUUUUUAUUGGUCCUGUCAUUUCAGGUUGGCAAAUCUAGAGCGAUUCACAACACUCAACAGGUUCUAUCCAUUGGCUAUCUAUAUGGAUUCGACAGCCUUACACAACUCAAUCAAGAAUUCGAAUAUGGAGGCAUUCCUAUACCUAAUUCACUCAAGUUAAAUUAAACCAUUUUCUUAGGGAAUGCUGCUCUCUCGUAAUGCCACUCCUGAAAACAACAGGAUCUUCUCACUCAAAAAGGAGGAAAUGAAAAUUUACAAAAAAAGAUAUUAAUUAUAUCUUGUACGUUUAGAUGAAUGGGAAUAUGAUUAUUUAAACAAUUAGAUUUCUUUGUUGGAUCAAGUGGAUUUAUUUGGAAAUACUCCUCUGCAUAUAGCUGCAUUAUCGAAUAAUACAGAAAUGAUCAAUUAUUUAAUACAGUUUGGAUGCAGAAUAGAUAUUCAAAAUAGUGAAUAUUGGACUCCAGUAGAUUUUAGUUAUUCUGAGGAAACACGUACAAUCUUCAGAGAAAAUGAGAAACUUAAACAGAAAUCAGUUAAAAACAUACAGAAUUUCUUUUAUUGUUGUAAAUUGCCAACAUAAAAGUAUGAUCCAGUUCAUAAACGCAAUUUGUAUUUAUUUUAGGCCAUCAAAGAUAUAGAAGUAGAUAACUUAUAUACAAUGAGUCAAGAUCUAAUCAUCCCUGAUUUUGUUAUUAAAUGCAGUGCCUAACAUAUUACUAAACUAAAUUUUUAGAUUUAAGUACUUAUCAAUGCUAAAUUCGAAGUCUAUCUUUCGAAAUCCCAAAUCGAUGACUUCUAUUAUUUGAUGUUGAGAAGUCCUUUGACUUAAUUGUAAAUGCAAGCAAUGAUAUAAAAGGUUCAAGUCAAGUUAUUGGAUAGUUAUGAUUAUGAGCCAUAUGAUUCAAAUGGUCAUUUUGAACCCUUUCGUUCUUUGUAAAGACAAUCCAUUAUUGAGGAACAUUUGAAUAGGAUUUUGAACAUUCAGGAAUUGAUUCAACAAAAGGUUAUCAUAGACACUUAUCGCAUGCAUUCAUUUGGUGGGACGACUAAGAUAAGAAGAUAAUGGUUGGAAUAAUAGAAAUGGUAUCACACUUAGCCUUUCAAAUAAUUAUAAGAUUACUUUAAGGAAGGGUAAACUCAGAAUUUUAAAUCCUGUUCAAUUUUGAGAUUAUAUUUUGGAGAAUAGAUUGCUUACUUUUUUGCCUUUAAAUCUUAUCUUACUUGUUUUAUGAUAUUUGCCGCAUUCCCAGGACUCAUUCUUUAAUUAUACAUUUUGGCAGUCAAUGAUUAUAAUUCAUUGUUCCUUCCACUAUAUGUAAUAUACAUGUCUAUUUGGUCAACAAUAACAGUUGAAUUUUGGAAGAGGAAACAAUGUGAAAUGAAUGCUAGGUGGGGAUUAUUGGAUUAAAUGAAUCAAUAAGAAUUGACAACCAGAUUAGAAUUCUAAGGAGAUGAGUACAUGAAUCAUAUUACUCAUCAAAUUGAGAAAUAUGAAUAGAAAGGACAUUCCACAAUUAUGUUUAUGAUUUCAAUUCCUGUGUUGAUUUUGUUCAGUUCUUUUAUAGUUGGAUUAUUCGUUACAAUUGAUUACAUCCAAUAGACUUACACAAAUUCAAGUUAUUAUAAACUGUUAGUGGGAGUGUUACAAGGCAUUUGUGUUUCAGUUUUGAAUAUUAUUUACACUGCAUUGGUUCAUUACUUUGUGGAGAAGGAGAACCAUAAAUUUGAAGAGCAUUAUGAGAGUUCCUUGAUUUACAAGAAUGUGUUAUUCAAAUUUAUUAACAGCUACAUCGCAGUCUUUUAUACCGCCUUCAUUAAAUUAGACAGUACUUACGAAGAGAUAUUCUAUAUUCUUGUACCUGUGUUGGUGAUCAAAUAACUGAGUUACUUGUGUGCCAUUAUGAUGAUUCCUUAGAUCAUCUAUAAAUAUAAGGAAAGUUCUUAUUUUAAGUUGUUCAAGGAGAAAUUGAAUCUAAAACAGUAUCAGGAUCCAAUUGAUAUAUUGUGGAAAUAGACUACAAAUGUGCCACUUAAAUCUUAGAGUAGAGUGGUGAUCAAUCUGACAACCUAGUAGAUACAACAGAACAUAGACAUGGAUAGUGUUGAAUUGAAUGGUCUGAAAUUGCCAGCCUAUAAGUAUUUAAUGACCAACUAUUUUAUGGAAACUAUGAUAGAUUUCGGUUUCAUUACUCUUUUUACUGCUGCAUUUCCUAUUGGUCCUACUAUUGCCAUGAUUAUGAACAUCAUUGAAAUAAGAAUGAAGAUUUAUAGUUUUAAUAGUGUAUUUAAGAGACCUCAGGCUCAAAGAGUUGCUGGGAUAGGUGAUUGGAUGUACAUUUGGGAGUUCUUAAGUUUCAUUGGAGUCUUUACAAAUUAUGCAUUAGUGUUCCUGAAGUAGGGAGAUCAGAUUAAUAAUUAUCUAUUUCCAGAUGGGAGUGUCACUCGUACAAAUAUGUUGUGGUUGUUCUUGUUGUUUAUAUUUUUGAAUGUGAUUCUGAAGUAUGUCAUUCAAUGGAUAAUUCCAGAUAAGCCUAGUUGGGUGAGUGAAUGGGAAGAGGACCUAAAAAAUAAGAAGAGAUAGAAUUCAGAAUUAAAAUAAAAGGAAGAUGAAUGUCAACAGUUGAAUAAUAGGAUAAGUAGACUCGAAAAGUAGAACAAUAAAUUGAUAUAGAGAUUGAAUAACAACGAAUAAAAUAUGAACAGUAUUACCCUACCAAAUGAGUCAUUAUUGCAAUAGACACUUUAGAAUGACAGUGGGUCGUAUUUGACUCUAUACUAUAGGAUGGAGAGAGACAUAGCAUUAGAGAAAUUGAAUCAGAUAUCGAAGUUGCUGAAGUAAAAGAAGUAACUUCUGAUAGUCUGUGCAGAGUGUCAAGUAAAUGAAGCAGUCGUACUCUGUCAAUAAUGUAAGAUUCAUUAUUGUAAAUUAUGUUAUGUUGAUUUAUGUUAGUCACACAAAAUGGAAUCGAUUUCAAAGGGAUAUUAUAAAAUGUUUUAUUAUUCAUUGCCAUAGGUGAAUCAAUAAGGAUUGAAACACCUUUAUGACAUUUUGUGUACAUAUUAUGAGAAUAGAUCAUACGGAACAAAAUUAUUCUUAUCAUUCGAGGACUUUUGUAUUGAUGACAAAUAUAUAAUCAACAAAUUGCAUGGUGUUUUGUUUAAGAAGAAUAAGAUAUAGUGGGAGGAAUUCAACAAGUACAUUCAACAAUUGCAGAAGGGAACAUUUGAAUAGAGAGUAUUGUUAAUGUACGAUUUCAUGGAUGAGGACAAACAGGGAAUGAUAAGCAAGGAUGAAUUCCAGAACUAUGCAGUGUAUCAUAUGGUAUAGGACACUAAUUUUAGAGAUGUUCAAAUAAUGUCCUCAGAAAUGGAAGACAAGAGAGAGUUGAUUAGACAAACAAUCUCAUCUGCUUAACAUUCCCAACAGAUUAGAGAAUAUUUGAAUGCUUUACUAUAAAUAUGA